GAAACCCUAAUAUUGCUCGCUUCGUAUCUCACUUCCCCCACAGCCGCACUUCUGAGAGACCUCAAUCACCCAAUCUCUCACUCUGAGUCUCCCUUCCCUCCUUGCAGCUGCCCAACCUCACGGCCUCACCUCUGCUUCGCUUCACCCUGAUCUGCGUAUUUUGGUCAAUCUGGUGGCGUGGAAUUGUUGCAAUCUCUGAUAGUUGUCCUCGUCAAUGCCUGAAAUGCAGAUGGAUGAACCCAUGGAAAGUGGUGAGAGGCCAGUCUUCAAAGAUAUUAGACGCUACUUCUGUGAAUACUGUGGCAUUUGCAGGUCUAAAAAGAUCUUAAUUACCUCCCACAUCAAUUCACAACACAAGGACGAGUUGGAAAAAGCUAGAGCUGAAGGAAAUAAUGAAGCACAUUGCGAAAAGCCCAACAACACUUGCCAACAAUGUGGUGCUAGCUUCAAAAAACCUGCCUACUUGUUGCAGCACAUGCAAAGCCAUUCACUUGAGAGGCCGUAUGUGUGUAUGGUUGAUGAUUGUCAGGCAAGUUACAGAAGAAAGGAUCAUUUGAAUCGUCACCUUCUACAGCAUGAAGGGAAAACUUUUAAAUGUCCAAUGGAGAAUUGCAACCUAAUCUUCUCAAUAAAAGGUAAUAUGGCAAGACAUGUUAAAGAGAUUCAUGAUGAAGGAUCUACAUCCACAAAUGUAGAAAGUAAGCAGUUUGUGUGCCCAGAAACUGGCUGUGGAAAGGUUUUCAAGUUUGCAUCAAAGCUUCGUAAACAUGCAGAUUCUCAUGUUAAGCUGCAGUCGGUAGAUGUAGUGUGCUUGGAGCCUGGUUGCAUGAAACAUUUCACUAAUAACCAGUGCCUUAAAGAACAUAUUGAAUCCUGUCAUCAAUAUGUAACCUGCGACACUUGUGGAAGUAGACAACUGAAAAAGAAUAUUAAAAGGCACCUUCGCACACAUGAAGCUGACAAAUCAUUGGCAGAGUUUAAAUGUGAAUUUAAGGGCUGUAGCUGCAAAUUCUCAAGUAAAUCUAAUCUCGUUACACAUAAGAAGGCCGUGCACUUUAAAGAAAAGCCCUUUGUGUGUGGUUUUCCUGAUUGUGGCCUGAGAUUUGCUUACAAACAUGUCAGAGAUAAACACGAAAAAACUGGGAAACAUGUUUUUACCCAUGGGGAUUUUGAAGAAGCUGAUGAACAAUUCAGGUCAAGGCCAAGGGGUGGGAGGAAGAGAGUGUGUCCUACUGUAGAAAUGUUGGUCAGGAAAAGGGUUACACCACCUAGUCAAUUGGAGAAUUUGUUAUUUAUGCAGGAGUGACCAGAUGAAUUGACCUUUCUGUCCUUGACAUUAAGUAUAUAUGUAAGGUAGAUUUAAGCAUCUUGCCAUGAGUGUGGUACAUGGACUAAAUCCCCAUUUUGGUUCCUGAGAUUCACGCGAUUAUUCAUUUUGGUCUCCGAAAUUCGAAAUUACUUAUACUGGUCAUCUAGAUUCAAGUUUGGACACCAAUAUGGUCCCUCGACCCUUUCCGGUGAUGAUUAGGCAAAUGGAGUGCUGAGAUGACACACUUUCUGUCACGUUGGACGCUGCAACGGUUAGUUAAUGUUGCGAGAGUUGUAUUUGUAUCCAAUUUAGUCCCCUCUUGUUAAAAUUUUGUCAUUAUAACUCUGAUAAAUAAUAAGAUAAUUAGGGUUUUAGGGACUAAAUUGGAUACAAAUACGACUCUUGUCACGUCAGCUAGCCGUUGCAGUGUCUAGCGUGGUAAGGAGGGUGUCAUCUUAGCACGUCGUUUGCCUUAUCAUCGCCGAAAAUAGUCGAGGGACCACAUUGGUGCCCAAACUUGAAUCUGGAGGACCAAUAUAGGUAAUUUUGAAUUUUGGGGACCAAAAUGAGUAAUCGCGUGAAUCUCAGGGACCAAAAUGGGGAUUUAGUCGUGGUACAUAAAGAAUUAGUUUUAGCAUAAUGAUUAGUGUUCACUACAUCUUACAUAUGUUGUGUAAAAGUAUGAAGAGUGGCAUGUGCAUUAUAGUGUAAUCAAUGACAAUAUUGUGAAUAGUAUAUCUUCAUUAUCCUAACAAUCAUGUUUGUAA